AUGAAUGAACAAAGUCUAGCCCUUGCUAAAAACGACGAUGAAGAAGAACAAGACAGAGAAUUUAAACUUUCUAAAGAACCACAGAGACACACCUGGUCAAGAAAAGCCGAAUACAUUCUGUCUUUGAUUGGAUAUAGCGUUGGUCUAGGAAACGUCUGGAGGUUUCCUUAUGUUUGUAUACGAAAUGGUGGAGGAGCUUUUCUCAUCCCGUUUGUGAUUUGUCUCGUCACUAUUGGUCUGCCUUUGUACUUUUUGGAAGUUGCCAUGGGUCAGUUUAUGUCCAAGGGAGCUUAUCAUGUAUGGAAUAUAUGUCCUCUUUUUAAAGGUAUCGGUGUGGCCCAAGUUGUCGUGAACACGGUGUCCUCCUGUUAUAGCCUCAUCCUCAUCGCCUGGAUCCUCAUCUACCUGGUCAACUCCUUCAAGUCGCCCCUCCCCUGGACACUGUGUGGACAAGAGUGGAACUCUGACCGCUGUGUGCCGCAGGGGAGUCGGGUCCUGCUCUACAACACCAGCACCGUCUUCUACAACACCAACAGCAGCAGCAACAACUAUAACAUCAACAGCAACAGCUACAAUACCAGCAGCAACGACUACAACAUCAGCACCACCACCUACACAAAUGGAACCAGUCAGAACCAGAGCUCCCAUGAAAUGGACGGACGUUAUAUCACAUUCAAUGGCUCAUUAGACACAUCAAAUCUAAGACCUGCUAGUGAAGAAUUUUGGUUAAAUAACGUCUUAGAGCUUUCGACUGGCAUGUCAUCGAUGGGUGGCCUCCCCUGGCACACGACUAUAGCCCUGUUGGUCUCCUGUAUUUUGGUGUUCUUGUGUCUGAUUAACGGUGUCAAGACUGUUGGGAAGGUAGUGUACGUGACCGCCACCUUGCCGUACAUACUGAUUACAGUUUUAAUUAUUAAAGGUGCGACAUUGCCUGGUGCAGUGGACGGUGUGCUCUUUUACAUCUGGCCAGAUUUCAGUAAACUCCUAUUGGUCCAGACUUGGCUAGAGGCCAGCCUACAAGUCGUCUACUCCCUGGGUCCGAUAUGGGGCGCCCUCGCCACCAUCGCAAGCUACAACAAGUUCAAUAACAACUGCUUGAGGGACUCGGUUAUGUUGACGCUGGUUUGUGAAGGUACAAGUCUCUUCGCUGGGUUCGCCAUCUUCUCCAUCGUAGGUCACAUGGCUUACAACCUGAAUGUACCUGUUGAGAAAUUCGCUGAUGCAGGCGCAGGUCUAGCGUUUGUUGUCUAUCCUGAAGCCAUCGCUUACCUCCCUGUACCACAGUUGUGGGGCGUCUUGUUUUUUCUCAUGUUGUUUACAGUCGCCCUAGACUCGCAGUUUGUUACUGUGGAAAUAGUUUUGACCUUUCUACUCGACAUACGACCAGGCUUUGUGACAAAAAGAGGUUUAUGGAUUAAAAUAGCUUUCGCUGUUUUAACUUUUAUUACUGCUUUGCCCUUUGCAACUCGGGGUGGAAUGUAUUUGUUUCAAAUCUUUGAUUGGUACGUCUCUGCUGUCACGGCCUUGUUCAUUGGUGCAUUGGAGUGUGUCGUGGUUGGCUGGCUAUACGGAGCAGAGAGAAUGCUAGACGAUAUUGCUUUUAUGAGUGGUAAAAGACCGCCUUAUAUUUUUGUUAUCUUGUGGAAAUACAUCGACCCUCUUUGUUAUUCACUGUUGUUGUGUGCGUCCCUGGCGACCUACGAGGCGCCCGUGUUUGACGGCUACAUCUACGGUCCUGGUGAAAUCGCCUUCGGUUGGUUUAUAGCCGUCUUCUGGUUCCUGCCUAUCCCGGCAGUUGCGGCUCUGCAGGUGGCGAGGUCGUCUGGAAGUCUGAAACAGGUGGGUGCACAGGUGACGAAAACAGGAGGUUCCACAGGUGGCUAA